GUGUGUUCUGUCGGACAUGUUUCCUCAGUCUGGGGAACAGGUGUGUCGUCUGCGAGCGCCCUCACAGCUCUCAGGAAGACGAGGAGGAGCUAGACUCCAGUGACGACGAGCAGCUGAACCUCUGCUCUGAAGCUCUGAGCUCCCCUCACCUGGUGGACCCCUGCCCCCAGAGCCUGAUGAAGAGGAGGGUCUUCACAGCCAGACGGAGACGACUCAUGGACCAGUAUGAGGGCGGAGUCUCACCUGUGGACCAGAAUGAGGGCGGAGUCUCACCUGUGGACCGGUCUGAGGGCGGAGUCUCACCUGUGGACCUGUGUGAGGGCGGAGUCUCACCUGUAAACCGGUCUGAGGGCGGAGUCUCACCUGUGAACCGGUCUGAGGGCGGAGUCUCACCUGUGGACCGGUCUGAGGGCGGAGUCUCACCUGUAAACCGGUCUGAGGGCGGAGUCUCACCUGUGGACCGGUCUGAGGGCGGAGUCUCACCUGUAAACUGGUCUGAGGGCGGAGCCUCACCUGUAAACCGGUCUGAGGGCGGAGUCUCACCUGUGGACUGGUCUGAGGGCGGAGUCAGAAGAACUGAUGGAGGCGAUGAAGAGGAGAGCGACAGCAGCGAUCUCUCUGACUCUGAUCUCAGUGAAGCAGACAUGACCUACCAGGACCGACCCGGGUCUGAUGACAGCGACACCUCCUUUCACUCCACCCACUCACCAGAAACGUUCUGCCUCCAGAACCAAGAGCUGACCUCGGUCCACGUUGAUCAUCCUCCAGAACCUUCCAGAACCUUCCAGAACCCGUCUCCAGGACCCAGAAGUUCCUGUGAUUAAAGUGAUUAAAGAAUAAAUGAAGCAGAAUUGA